UUCGUCAUUCGACGAGUCGAGUUGUAGUGGAAUUCUCAUGGCCACCAGUUUGCGUGCACCGGCGUUCGAGCGCGGUCAAACCUAUCGUCGCUCGCUCUAUUAUCGUCGCUAUUUUCGGUCGAGAGCCGAUUGAUAAGCGCCAAACUACCCCAGUGGUGCGAUCGUGUCGCAAGUGUCCUAGCUUGAGGGGAACUAUUUACCGUUUCAAUUUACGAAAUUGAAUUUCGUCCGUAUUCGCGCCGCGAACUAGUGGAUUGCUAGUUGAAUUUCUGUAUUACCCUUGCAAAUAUACGUGUGACGGAUGAGUGAGUUUUCGUUUCCGAAGGUGUUGUGGGAGCGCGAGUCGGGAGGCGCGGGCGCAAUGGAGAGCUGCUACAAGCUGUACACCUGGAUCAACCACACGGUGCUCAUGCUGCUCUUCCAGAUAUUCUGGAAGGUCAGCCAGAUUUCGGACUUCUUCACGGGAAAGUCGGAACCAAAGGCGAGCGAAAUGAUCAUCACCUUCUCUCCACUGACAAAGGAAUCAAAGUACAGAAGGCACAUCAGAUCGAUGUCGGACGUGCAGAGCAGCACGCCGUACCGGAUCCCCUUCAGGUCGCGCAAGGGCAGCACCCACACGCUCAUGUACGACUCGGACACGCGCGCGCGCCGGAUCCGCUCCCACACCCGUCUAACCCAACCUGACUCUUCUGACUCGAGCGACUUCUUCGAGUCACCCAAGAAAAUCAGAAGCUUGGGCCAAAACAUCAUAAAACACACAGAUUCUAUGAGAAUAUUGUAAUAAACAAUCAAGAUCUGAUUUAAUUAUAAAAGAGGCUGUACAAUCUAGUUGUCGACUAGAUCGGAAUCACGUCGGGUUCCCGAUAAUUAAAAAGAAAAAUCAGAUUGCACCAAGGGACGUGCUCUCUUUAAGAACAUUUUUGGAUUUUUACAACUUACGUAUCUGUCAUUCGUAUUUUUAUAGAUUGCCUACAAAUUACACUGUUAUAUUGUAUAUUCUAAAUGUCACGAUCAUCAUGAAAUGUAAUGUUUAUAUAAACAGAUAAAAGGUUUAACAGCUUUAGCAAAACAGUUUGCUACAUUGUGCACAAUUAUGUUGUGGGUACGUCGAGUACGGUACUGGCGAUGCCAAAGAUUGUCCCAACGUGAUUCAGCGAAAAAACAGACUAUAGUGAUUUCCUUUGAGACUGUGAUGAAGUAGGUUAACGGUUAUGAUAACUAUUUAGUUGUAAUUUUAGUUUGUAAGUUAAUUAACGUGGUCGACGCGAUGGUGACCGAUCGACACGCAGAUUCUUGGUUUAAAAUCGAAGCUGGAUGAUUUAAUUUGAAGUGUUAAUUAAACUGUUACACGUGGUCACUAGCAUACAAUGUGAGAGUUAUGAGAACGAUAUUGUGUUCUUUAUUGAGUAUUUCAAAUCGAAACGAGAAAACUGUUGCAAAUAUAAAAUUGUGUUUUACUUAAUUUGAUAAAUAAAGAAAAAUGUAUGAUUGUCAAAGCAUAUAUUAUCUAAAAGUCUUUGGAUUGAUAAGGGGCGUCCAUAGUUCCAUAUCCGAUAGGUAUUUAUUCGGAUUUUCCGCAAUUUGAAUAUUUUGUCUGUUCACGAGGUUUACGAGUCACAUAAAUAUUAUAAAAGUCCUGUUUCAAAGAUCUGGCCAUAAAUGUUGUACAAUUUAUAUUUUAUUGUUUCUCGAAAAUCUAAAAUAUUGUAAGAAACGAAUUUGUUUUAAUAAUUACAUUUAUAGCUACGUUUUGUUUGAGUAUUUACCUGUAUCUAUGAAUGUUCUAAUUCAAACAUUUAUGACAAUGGAUGGAUGUCUAAUGCAAAAUGUUAAUAAUGUGUGAACUAUUAAGUUACUGAAUCAUCGUUAAAUGUUUGGAUAUCGAAGAAACAAUUGAGCGCACAUUUCAUUGUGUUCUGGAAUUUCUGGAAAGCAUAUUUUUCUAUAAUUUAUGAGCAAUAUGUAUAUUCAGAAAAAAUACCUGUUUCAAUCAAUUUCAAAAUUUAUUUCCGCGUAAGUUCUAAAAAAAUCCCUAUUUCUGUAUAUUUAUUAGUCUGGCAACAUUAGUUACCGAACUCCCAUGUAUGUUUUUAAUAUUUAAUAAUAAGUUCUACUGAGGUACCUAAUAAAUAUGUAAAACCGAGUCAUAUCCGCAGCAAAUAUUGUUUUUGUAAAAAAACUACUUAUAAUAGGUUACUUAGAAUGUGACAAUACAAAAUGUAGAGUUAAGUUACGAGUAUUUUGGCUUAUUUCACUGUUUCUGACCAAAAAGUAUCGAUAAAAAAAAAUGUAAAUGAUUAAUUAAGUAAUCGAUUUUAGUUUGUUUAAUUUAUAAGCGAACAGUGACAUAGGCCUUCAAUCUUAUGAAUGUGAUAAGUAGCAGUUAAAAUAUCUAUAACAUUGUUAUUUAUUACAUAUUUUGAACCGUGAUGAAUGUGAAUAAACGAGGAAGGACAA